UAGUGUUAGGUCAUCUAAGAGAGAUGGUUGUUGAUCUGGAAUCGGUGUCAGAGGCAACCUCCGGAGCUAUAGGGUCGCUUCUGAGCACAACGAUCUUAUAUCCACUUGACACAUGCAAAUCAAAGUUCCAGGCCGAGGUUCGAGCUCAAGGCCGCCAGCAAAAAUACAGACAUCUCUCUGAUGUUUUGUGGGAAGCGGUUUCAAAGGGACAGGUUUUGUCAUUGUAUCAAGGCUUAGGGACAAAGAAUUUGCAGUCAUUUGUUUCGCAGUUUAUUUACUUUUAUAGCUAUAGCUAUUUCAAGAGGUUGCAUAGUGAAAGAACCGGUUCGAAAUCGAUCGGAACAAAGGCUAACUUGAUUAUUGCUGCUGCUGCUGGAGCUUGUACUUCUGUCUUAACCCAGGCAUAUACAGCUUCAUCAAGGAUGCAAACGAGUGAGUUUGGAGAAUCAAAAGGGUUGUGGAAGACAUUAACAGGUGGUGCAUGGGGAGAUGCGUUUGAUGGCCUAGGAAUCUCUCUUUUAUUGACUUCAAAUCCCGCAAUUCAGUAUACAGUGUUCGAUCAGCUGAAACAGCGCCUGCUUAAACAGAACACUGCAAAAGCUGAGAAUGGUUCUUCUUCACCCGUCGUGCUCUCUGCCUUCAUGGCGUUCUUGUUAGGUGCAGUCUCCAAAAGUGUUGCCACUGUCAUCACAUAUCCUGCAAUCAGGUGCAAAGUGAUGAUUCAAGCUGCUGGUGACUCGAAAGAAGACAAAACUAAGAAGCCCAUAAGAAGGAGAGGUAAAACGAUUCCAGGGGUUGUUUAUGCCAUAUGGAGAAAAGAAGGGAUGUUAGGGUUCUUUAAGGGGUUGCAUGCUCAGAUCUUGAAGACAGUUCUGAGCUCAGCAUUGCUACUGAUGAUCAAGGAGAAAAUCAGUGCAACAACAUGGAUUCUCAUACUAGCUAUCCGUAGAACUUUGUUUCUCACAAAGGGUAAGUUAAAAAGUCCUUAAGAAUCUUAAAUUUUGUUCCACGCAAAGCAAGGACAGGCUUGCAGAUCGGUCAAGUUUUUUCUCUUUAUGUAUGAUGCACGCUGGAUAAAUCUCGGUUUUGCUAUCUUUACCGGAAAUUUUUUUUUAGUACAAGCAUUGUGUAGUAUUCUCGUUCCAAUAAAAGUGAGAGUCUUUUUGUGUAGAAUCAAAG